AUGUUGCGGUUGGUUAUUGUGUCUGCUCACAUUCCACCUGAAGUUGCUGACUACCCUGACACCUGCGUGACUGGCACCUUCAGAGAUGUCACAAGAAGCACAAGAGUCGUACAGAAGAACCAGGAUCCCAUUUGGAAUGAGACUCUGGCAUGGUAUGUGGAUGUCAGCACAUUGGACAGCUCUUCUUUUGCAUUUGUCCAACUACAAGACUGGAGCAGUGAGGAUGAAGACAGCUCUUUUGGGUCUGUCAGUGUGCCUCUAGCAGGUGUUCUUGCAAGACAAAACAGUAUCAUCGCUAUGAAGAAAAUGGCUCUCCGUGACAGUGAACACAAGGCAACAGGUGAUUCUGUAGAGGAAGAGUUGGCUGGGAGUCCGAAGGCGAAAGGUGAUUCGGAGCCAACACCUGGAGAAGGUAGUGACCAAGCACCCAAGAAGCAGUUAUCAGACAAAAAACAAUUCUUCCAGGUACGAGUUUUAAUCAUAGAAGCUCGGCAAUUGCAAGGAAAUAACAUCAGGCCAGUGGUGAAAGUGGGAAUUGCCAAUCAUCAAUUCAGGACAAGAAUCAAAUAUGGGAAUACCCCUUUUUUCAACGAGAUUGAGAUUGGGCUGGUGUAUGGAGCUCCAGGUCAUGUUCUGUACUCCAAAUGGUUGAGCCUCUAUGACCCUGAUGACCUCAAUGCUGGGCUAAAGGGCUACGUGAAAGUCAACCUGUGUGUCCUGGGAGCUGGGGACCGUGCACCGGAUGCAGAAAAGAUAAAAGAGGACCAAGCUGGAGAAGACAAUGUUCUCAAGUCUGCAGAAGUGCCAGCGCGCAUGGCCACUCUCCAGCUCUCAAUCUACCAAGCAGAAGAUAUUCCUCAAAUGGACAAAGACAUAAAUUAUUUCAAAGCCAAAGAUGAGGCCCUCAGUGAAGAAGGUGAUCUUGUUGACCCUUCCAUGGAAGUUAACUUUGCAGGGAAAACAAUGCCUUCCUUGUGUGAUCUAAUUAAGCUUACCAUCCUUGAUGGGGAUGAAUAUACAAACGCCAGUGUUAUUGGGACUGUCUUUCUCAGCCUCUCCCAGAUCUCUUUCACAGGGUCUGCAACAGAUGGGAAUGUCUCGGGGUUCCUGCCAUGCUUUGGACCCUCCUUCCUGCCCAUCUAUGGCAGUCCAAGAGAGAAUAUAAAUAUAGAGGAUCCAUAUGAGGAGCUCAACAGCGGGGUUGGAGAAGGAGCAGCUUAUCGGGGAAGAAUCCUUGUGGAGCUGAAAACCAGCAUGGAUGUGAUUACUAAUCAAAUGAUCGAGGACAUUCCUGAAGAAACGGUUAACAAAAUAGAGCGCUACAUGUCCCGGCAUAGGUAUGGGCUCUGUGCUGUCUUUUAUUCAGCUACCAUGAUGGAUGAUAUCAAGGAACUGAUCCAAUUUGAGGUUAGCAUUGGGAAUUAUGGCAACAAGUUUGAUGGGACUUGCAAACCCUUUGCUUCGACCACACAGUACAGCCAAACAGUGUAUGAUGGUAACUGCUACUACUACCUGCCCUGGUAUGACACAAAGCCCAUGGUGGCCAUAACCUCUUUCUGGGAGGAUGUGGGCUACCGAAUCAGCUGUCUGAAUACCAUUAAGUUCAUGCACAACAGGCUGAAGCAAAAUUUGAAUGCCCUGAAAGCCAUUAGCAGCCCCAAGGAUCCCAAAGUGGAUGUUGUUUGGAAGAAGCUCCAGAAAGAACUGUUGGAGGACAGCAAGAAGUCUCUUCCUACCUUGGACAAUCAAGCACCUGCCACCCUUCUGGAUCAGCAGCUGAUGAAACUGCGAAUCCGGCUCCUCCAACAAAUCAGCAAGGCAGCAGAAAAGACAAAUUCAAGGAAUCCCCUGAAGAAACUGAUUGCCAAAGCAGAGAAUUGGCUCCACAAGAUUGCCUCGAUCAGUAUGGAGACCCAAAUCAGCAUGCCAGACGUGAUCAUCUGGAUGCUGUGCAAUGAGAGGCGGGUAGCCUAUGCCCGGGUGAAAGCUCAUUCCAUCAUGUACUGCAAACAUGGCAACCAUACCUCUGGAGCAUUAUGCGGCAAAACUCAGACCAUCUUUAUGCAGCGCAUGUUGCCAAGCAAAGAAGAGGAUUUUGAAAUCCCUGCUUUGCUUCGCGUGCGGAUGUGGCUUGGGCGGCUGGCUGAUAGUCCAGAGUUUAUGCACUGCUGUGAAGGGAGAAUCCUUGUUUUUGCUGAGACGUAUGAAAACCAAAAGAAAGCCCAUGGGUUGUGGGGCACUAGGGACCUGAAGCCUCACCCCAGUUUUUCAGAUAUAACUGGAGAAGUCAGGCUCUCCAAAGACAAAUUCCAGGAGCCAUUGGGUUGGAAGUGGGAUGGCAAUUGGAUCAUAGAGCCCCAAAGAAGGCUCUUGUUGGACAUAGAAACCAACCGCAGUGAACUGCUAGAGGAAGUAUACGAAAACCAAAUUCGCCUUCCUGGGCGUGGGUGGAAACCUGCUCCUAUCCCAUACACUGAUGUGAGUGGCUCUCCUGCCUCCCCGAAGGAAGCGAUCGUGUGUCCUCCAGGCUGGCACUUUGAAGAAGACUGGAGAGUGGAGUUGAACCGUGCAGUGGAUGAUGCUGGUUGGGAAUACGGAGUUGGGAUUCCACCCCAUGACUCUCCCCGUACUUGGCAUGCAGCUGAGAAGACAUACCACACCCACCGGCGUCGGCGCUGGCUCAGGAAGCGCUUCCGGGACACUCAAAUUGAGACCCAAGAACAGAAAAUGGCCUCCUUUCUCCGGCUGCACUCAGAUGCAAAGUUCCGUGGCGAGGACUGCUGGGAAUAUGCUCCUCUCUAUGGAUGGAAAUUUCACCUGCAGCGGAAACCAAGUGAUGUGUUUCGCCGGCGAUGCUGGCGCAGGAAGCUCAUGCCUGCCGUAGCUGGCCGUGUGGCUCCUAUUUUCCUCUUGGAGGGUUCACUGGGUGUGGAAGCUGACAGCCUAGAGAAAACAAAAACUAUGUAUGGAGAGAGGAAAGAUGGUGAAGCAAAAGAACUGAAGAGAGCUUCAUCUCAAAACCUGCUGAAGAUGAACACUCCUCUCCUGUUCUGUAUCUUCAGGCACCCUGUUCAUUACCAGCUACGCUGCUAUAUCUAUCAAGCAAGGGAUCUUAUAGGAAGCAGCAAUAAGAGUUCUGCAGAUCCUUUUGCCUACGUCUCCUUCCUCCACAUGAGCCAGAAAACCAGGACCCUGUCUUGUACACUCCACCCAUGCUGGGACCAAACCCUUAUUUUUGAAAAGAUCUUGAUCUAUGGAGACCCUCAGUCCACUGAGCAGGAUCCACCACUGGUGGCUGUGGAGAUAUAUGACUUUGAUUCUGUGGGUGACUUGUUCAUGGGAAGGUGCUUCUGUACACCAGCAGUGUGCCUGGAUCUCCAGCAACGUAAACUACCCCGUCUCCACAGUCAUCCCGUCACCAAUGGACAGAAAGCUGCAGGUCGUCUUCUAGCUGCCUUUGAGCUUCUGUUGGACAAGGAUGAAGCCUUGGGAAAGUAUCCUCCACCAGCAUGGAAGGAUGGAGUGUUCACCAUCCCUAAAACAAUCCGACCCAUCUUGAAGCUGAUGGCCAUUGAGAUCCUGGCUUGGGGCCUCCGGAGCAUGAAGACCUUCAAUCUAUUGGCUGUCUCCUCUCCAAGUCUCACUAUAGAGUGUGGAGGGGAAUCUAUUGAAACACCGAUCAUAAGGAACAUCUCCGAUAACCCCAAUUUUCCAAUUAGCAUCUAUCUCAUGCAAGUGUACCUACCUGUUGACGAAGAUUAUGCACCUCCCAUUGAACUAAAAGUGAUCGAUCAUAGAGAAUUUGGAUUCAAACCAGUGGUGGGCCAAGCAACCAUCCGAGCUCUGAAUCAGUACUUCUGUGACCCUUGGGAAGAGAGAAAACCUCAUACUCUCCCAUUUAGAGCCAUUUCUAAGGCAAAGAUAAAAGGGGUGAGUAUCAAAACAACCUCCAAGUUGUGUUUCUGGAAGAAGGAAAAAAAGGAGGCGGAAGCUGCAGAAGAAGAGGAGGAGGUUGACUGGUGGAGCAAGUAUUAUGCAACUGUGGGGGAUCUGUCCAAGAGUGGAAACUACCUGGACAAGGGCUAUGAUUGUAUGAAGAUCUAUAACUGUGAGCUUGAGGACAUGCCAGAGUUCCAUGGCUUGCAGGAUUUCUGUCAGACCUUUCGACUCUGCCGAGGAAAGGUGAAAGAUGAAUCCAUUGAGGACCCCAUGGUGGGGGGUGAGUUCAAGGGGCUUUUCCGGAUCUACCCACUGCCAGAAGACCCAAAUGUUCCACCUCCUCCACGCCAGUUUCAAGAACUUCCUGAAAGCCUCCCCCAGGAGUGUUUGGUUCGAAUCUACAUUGUCCAGGCUUUUGACCUCCAGCCAAAGGAUAGAAAUGGACUGUGUGACCCCUACAUCUGGAUCAAGGUGGGGAAGCAAAGGGUGGGGGACAGCGAGGCAUAUAUUCCCAACACCCUCAAUCCUGUCUUUGGAAGGCUGUAUGAAGUUGCAUGCACCAUCCCACAAGAAAAAGACUUGAUAAUUUCACUCUAUGACUUUGAUGUCCUCAGUCCUGAUGAGAUCAUAGGGGAUACCACCAUAGACCUGGAAAACCGGCUCUUGUCCCGCUUUGGGGCCAACUGUGGGCUUCCCCAGUCCUACUGUGUUUCUGGUCCUAGCCAGUGGCGAGAUCAGCUGACUCCCAGCGAGCUCUUGGAGCAUUUUGUUCGAAUCAAGAACAUACCUCUGCCUGAGAUCAGUGAAGAUGGCAACAAAGCCACAUUCAUGGACAGAACCUUCCUGCUCUCUGAGUUCGAAACAAAAAAACCUUCACACAAGCACCUUGGCCCCCCAAAACAACGGAUGGCCCUUCACCUCCUCCGCACAUGUGGGCUGGUGCCAGAACACCUAGAGACGCGCACCCUCUACAACAGUGACCUGCCUGGUAUUGGACAGGGUAAAAUCCAGAUGUGGAUCGAUGUCUUCCCAGAAGGUUUAGGUGAACCAGGACCUGCUUUUGAUAUCACCCCAAGGAAGCCCAAAUUGUAUGUACUCCGAUGCAUCAUCUGGAACACAAUGGAUGUGGAUCUGGAGGACACUAAUAUUUUUGGCGACAGGAUGAGCGACAUUUUUGUUAAAGGGUGGCUGGAUGGCCUGGAAGAGGAUAAGCAGAAGACAGAUGUCCACUACAGGUCUCUGGCAGGAGACGGCAACUUCAACUGGAGGUUUGUGUUUACCAUGGAGUAUCUCCCCAUGGAGCAGGUCUGCGUCCUCACCAAGAAGCAACAUUUCUGGAGUCUGGAUGAAACUAUGCAGAAAGUGCCCCCCAAGCUGAUCAUCCAGAUUUGGGAUAACGACAAGUUCUCAGCUGAUGAUUUUCUUGGAAUUCUGGAGCUCAACCUGACCUGCAUUCCGCGACCUGCCAAACGGCCCCGUGACUGCACUGUGAAAAUGCUAGAGGAGGGCAGCCGUGACUCCUCUCCUUUUCAUCGCAAGAAGCCCAAGUUUAUCUCUUUAUUUGCGCAAAAGAGCUUGAGGGGCUGGUGGCCGUGUAUCGUGUUUGAGGAUGACAAGCGGAGGGUCUCGGGAAAGGUUGAAAUGACAUUGGAGCUGCUGACAGAAAAGGAAGCUGAAGAGCGGCCAGCUGGGAAAGGAAGGGAGGAGCCAAAUAUGAACCCAGUCCUGAAGCCACCAGAGAGGCCAGAGACAUCCUUCCUAUGGUUUACAGCCCCAAUGAAGAGUGUCAAGUAUAUUGUCUGGGAAAAAAGCAAGUGGAAGAUUGUGAUCUUCUUCUGCUUCCUGCUGCUGGCCUUGUUAUUUGCAGCUUUCAUCUAUUCAGCCCCAGGCUACUUGGCCAUGAAGCUGAUAAAUCCAAUGAAAACUUCCAUCAAAAUGACUGCUCAUACUACAACAGAACCCACCACGACUCAAGCAAAAUGA